UAAAUCAAGGCAUUCAUCCAUAUCCCAAGCCUGCGAGAAGAACGGUCCGACGACACCAGCAUCAGCCUAACUAAAUAUAUCAGAAACGCAAGCAUCUUGCGCGGCGCUGGAGAAUGAAAUUCAGCUAUAAUGGGUGUAUAUAACAAAAAAGGAACUGUUAGAAACUUAACCGUCAAUCUUUUUUGAUUUUUGCUGCUGGUUGUAGACGUCAUUGGAAGAUUUUGGCAUCGUGCAGGAUUUCUAUGCUGUUCUAGUCGUCUCUACUUGUGGAUAUAUAGCAGAGAACAUUCUGUGGGAUUGAAUCACAACAGCUUCAACCAUGUCUGGCGCCUCCGUGAAAGUGGCUGUCAGAGUGCGGCCCUUCAACUCUAGAGAGACCAGCAAAGAAUCAAAAUGCAUUAUACAGAUGCAAGGGAACUCCACCACUAUUUUGAACCCCAAGAACCCAAAGGAACCACCCAAAUCUUUCAGCUUUGACUACUCAUACUGGUCUCACACCUCACCGGACGACCCUUGCUUUGCGUCACAGAGCCUUGUGUUCAAUGACAUUGGGAAGGAAAUGUUGCAGCAUGCUUUUGAGGGAUAUAAUGUCUGUAUUUUCGCCUACGGCCAGACUGGAGCUGGCAAGUCCUACACCAUGAUGGGAAAGCAAGAGGAAGGACAGGAAGGCAUUAUUCCUCUGCUCUGUGAAGAUCUCUUUGAGAAAAUCAAUGACAAUAGCAAUGAGGAGAUCUCGUACUCGGUGGAGGUGGCUUAUAUGGAGAUAUACUGUGAGCGGGUGAGAGACCUGCUAAACCCUAAGAAUAAAGGGAACCUGCGUGUCAGGGAACAUCCUCUACUUGGGCCGUAUGUUGAAGACCUCUCGAAACUGGCCGUCACGUCUUACACAGACAUAGCUGACCUCAUGGAUGCCGGUAACAAAGCCAGAACUGUUGCAGCCACCAACAUGAAUGAGACAAGCAGCCGCUCUCACGCAGUCUUCACUAUUGUUUUCACUCAGAAGAAGUAUGACAGCGAGACAGACCUGUCCACAGAGAAGGUCAGCAAAAUCAGCCUGGUGGAUCUGGCAGGAAGUGAGCGUGCUGACUCAACAGGGGCCAAAGGAACCAGGCUGAAGGAGGGAGCAAACAUCAAUAAAUCUCUAACUACACUAGGAAAGGUUAUUUCAGCGCUGGCUGAGGUGGAUAACUGUACCAGCAAGAGCAAGAAGAAAAAGAAGACAGACUUCAUUCCUUACCGAGACUCCGUGUUGACAUGGCUGCUCAGAGAGAAUUUAGGAGGGAACUCAAGGACAGCUAUGGUGGCCGCCCUGAGUCCUGCUGACAUUAACUACGAUGAAACUCUUAGCACACUCAGAUAUGCAGACAGAGCCAAGCAAAUCAAGUGCAAUGCUGUCAUCAACGAGGACCCCAACAACAGACUGGUGCGGGAGCUGAAGGACGAGGUGACGCGUCUAAAGGAGCUGCUCCGUGCCCAGGGCCUUGGGGACAUUCUGGACAUCAAGCCAAUGGGGGAUGAUUACCUUGGAAGUGGAAGCAAAUACCUGAAAGAUAUACACAACAAUAAGCAUAGACACUUGCUUGCCUCAGAGAACCAACAGCCUGGCCAUUUCUCCACAGCACCUAUGAGCUGCCUGACAGCCUCUCCGUCCUCAGGCUCUCUGUGCAGCCAGGCAGGGCUCCAGUCCGUCUCAAGCAUCCAGGAGCGCAUCAUGUCUACGCCGGGUGGAGAAGAGGCCAUCGAGAGGCUGAAGGAAUCAGAGAAGAUCAUAGCCGAGCUGAAUGAGACCUGGGAGGAGAAGCUGAGGAAGACUGAGUCCAUCCGUAUGGAGAGAGAGGCACUGCUGGCAGAGAUGGGUGUGGCCAUACGGGAGGAUGGGGGAACCCUGGGUGUCUUCUCUCCUAAAAAGACCCCUCACCUGGUGAACCUGAAUGAGGAUCCUUUGAUGUCAGAAUGUCUGCUUUAUUAUAUCAAAGAUGGAAUAACAAGGGUGGGCCAGGCAGAUGCAGAAAGAAGACAAGAUAUCGUUCUAAGUGGAGCGCACAUCAAAGAGGAGCACUGUAUCUUCCGCAGUGAAAGGAAUGCCAAUGGAAAUGUGAUUGUCAUGUUGGAGCCAUGUGAGGGAUCUGAAACAUAUGUGAACGGAAAACGUGUGACUUCUGCAGUCCAGCUGCGCUCAGGUAACCGCAUUAUCAUGGGAAAGAACCACGUGUUCCGGUUUAACCACCCUGAGCAGGCUCGCGCUGAGCGUGAGAAGACACCAACAGCAGAGACCCCCGUAGAACCAGUGGACUGGACCUUCGCCCAAAGAGAACUUCUGGAGAAACAGGGUAUCGACAUGAAGCAAGAGAUGGAGAAGAGGCUUACAGAAAUGGAGAUCCUGUACAAAAAAGAGAAGGAAGAAGCGGACCAGCUGCUUGAGCAACAGAGACUGGUAUAUGAGAGUAAACUGCAAGAGCUGCAGAAACAGGUGGAGACUCGCUCACUGGCUGCAGAGACCCCAGAUGAAGAGGAAGAAGAAGAGGAGGAGGAUGAAGUGCCCUGGACUCAGCAUGAGUAUGAUCUGGCCCAGUGGGCUUUCAGGAAGUGGAGGUACCACCAGUUCACCUCCCUCAGAGACCAGCUGUGGGGCAAUGCUGUAUACCUCAAAGAAGCCAAUGCCAUCAGUGUGGAGCUCAAGAAAAAGGUCCAGUUCCAGUUUGUCUUACUCACGGACACCCUCUACUCUCCGCUGCCUCCGGAGCUGCUGCCUCCAGAACCAGAGAAAGAGCGUGACACUAGGUCUUUCCCUCGAACGGUGGUGGCUGUGGAGGUUCAGGACUUGAAGAACGGAGCCACUCACUAUUGGUCCCUGGAGAAGCUCAAGCAGAGGCUGGACCAGAUGCGAGAGAUGUACGACCGUGCAGGCGAGAUGGCCUCGUCCAAUCCGAGUGAGGAUGGGGAGGGUGCUUUGACUGGCAGUGAUCCGUUCUAUGACCGCUUCCAUUGGUUCAAGCUGGUUGGGAGCUCACCUAUUUUUCACGGCUGUGUGAACGAGCAUCUGGUCGACCGCACUCCCUCGCCCACCUUCUCCACCAGCGAUUCUGAGAUUACUGAGCUGGCCGACGAAAGGCAGAGCGAGAUGGAGGACUUCAUGGAUGACGAGGCUUUCGUGGACGACACCAGCUCAGAUGCUGGGACCGAGGAAGGCUCUGACAUCUUCAGCGAUGGGCAGGACCCCUUCUAUGACCGUUCCCCAUGGUUCAUCCUGGUGGGCAGAGCCUUCGUGUAUCUGAGUAACCUUCUGUAUCCUGUGCCUCUGGUGCACCGUGUCGCUAUAGUAACAGAGAAGGGAGAAGUGCGAGGAUUCCUGCGAGUGGGGGUCCAAGCCAUCGCUGCCGAUGAAGAGGCUCCUGAUUAUGGAUCUGGUGUGCGUCAGUCGGGCACUGCUAAAAUUUCUUUUGACAAUGAGUAUUUUAAAAAGAGUGAUUUCUCCUCUGUGGUCAUGACCCGCUCUGGCCUCUCUUUGGAAGAGCUGCGUAUUGUGGAAGGUCAAGGUCAGAGUUCGGAGGUCAUCACCCCUUCAGAGGAGAUGAACAGAAUAAAUGACAUGGACUUGAAGCUUGGGAACGUGGACACAAAACCGGGUGACAGUUUGGCAGAGCAUCUGGAAGUGGGCAGUAUUUUCACUUUCCGCGUCACCGUUCUGCAGGCGAGCAGCAUCCCGCCCGAGUACGCAGACAUCUUCUGCCAAUUCAAUUUCCUCCAUCGUCACGAUGAGGCGUUCAGCACAGAGCCCCUGAAGAACACAGGCAGAGGUGCCCCGCUGGGCUUUUACCACGUACAGAAUAUCUCAGUGGAGGUGACAGAGUCCUUUAUUGAGUACAUAAAGACAAAGCCAGUUGUGUUCGAAGUGUUUGGCCAUUACCAACAGCACCCACUGCGCAUCCAUGGACAGGAAGUGGUCAGCCCUUCUCAGCCUUCCAGAAAGUACUACCCCCCACCUAUGCCUUUGUCUAAACCAGUGCCAGCCACCAAACUGAACACCAUUACCAAGUCUAACCUGGGUCAGUGUGUGAGCAAGUAUGACCUGCUGGCCUGGUUCGAGAUCAGUGAACUAGAGCCCACUGGAGAUUAUAUCCCAGCCGUAGUAGAUCACUCGGGAGGUCUUCCCUGUCAUGGCACAUACCUUUUGCACCAGGGCAUUCAGCGCAGAAUAACAGUCACUCUGAUCCACGAGAAGGGCAGUGAGCUGCAUUGGAAAGAUGUCAGAGAGCUGGUGGUUGGUCGAAUCAGGAAUAAGCCAGAAGUGGAUGAUUCGGCUGCAGACGCAGUCCUGUCUCUCAACAUCAUCUCGGCUAAAAACUUGAAAUCUUCUCACAACUCCAGCAGCCUUUGUAUUGAUAGCGAUAUUGCUAGGACGUUCUACCGGUUCGAGGCUGUCUGGGACAGCUCCCUGCACAACUCUCUCCUACUGAACCGUGUCACUCCCUACGGAGAGAAGAUUUAUAUGACCCUGUCAGCCUAUCUGGAGCUUGAUCACUGCAUCCAGCCUGCCAUCAUUACCAAGGACAUCUGCAUGGUCUUCUACUCCAGAGAUGCUAAGAUCUCUCCUCCACGCUCCCUGAGGAACCUGUUCGGCAGUGGUUACUCCAAAACCCCUGACUGUAAUAAAGUGACUGGAAUCUAUGAGCUUAGCUUGUGCAAAAUAGCUGACACAGGAAGCCCAGGUAUGCAGCGACGGAGACGGAAGGUUCUGGAUACAUCUGUGGCGUAUGUGCGUGGAGAGGAGAACCUGGCCGGUUGGAGACCCAGAGGAGACAGUCUGAUCCUGGAGCACCAGUGGGAGCUGGAGAAACUCGAGCAGUUGCAUGAGGUGGAGAAGACACGUCACCUGCUGCUGCUCCGUGAGAAACUGGGUGAGACGGCUCCUCCUAAAACCCUGAGCGACUAUCUGUCUCCAAGUCUGAGCAGCGGCACCCUCAGCACCUCCACCAGCAUCUCCUCCCAGAUCUCCUCCACCACCUUUGAGAGCGCCAUCACACCGAGUGAGAGCAGCGGAUACGACUCCACAGACAUCGAGAGCUUGGUAGACCGCGAGAAGGAGCUGGCCACUAAGUGCCUCCGGCUCCUGACACACACUUUCAACAGUGAAUACAACCAGAUGUGCAACAGCAUCAGUGACUGCAAGUUGUCGGAUAUCUCUCCUAUGGGUCGUGACCCAUCCGUGACCAGUUUCAGCAGUGCUACUCUCACACCCUCCUCCACCUGCCCCUCUUUGUCAGACUCUCGGACCCCUGAAGCUAACUCUCGUGCCACCAGCCCCUCAUGCUCAGACUAUGAGAACUUCCCCAUGGUGCCCAUUCUGGAAACGUCCUACCUGGCCCGCGCCGGCAAACACGAGUUCCUCAACCUUGUGCCUGAUAUUGAGGAAAUGAGACCUGGAUCUGUGGUAUCAAAGAAGGGAUUCCUCAGUUUCAUGGAGCCGCGUUCCAACUCCUGGGUGAAGCACUUUGUGGUGGUUCGACGGCCAUACGUGUUCAUCUACAACAAUGACAAAGACCCAGUAGAGAGGGGAGUGCUGAAUUUAUCCACUGCCCAGGUGGAAUACAGUGAAGACCAGCAGGCCAUGCUCAAGACACCUAAUACAUUCGCCGUGUGCACCAAGCACAGAGGGAUCCUCCUCCAGGCCAACAAUGACAAAGACAUGAACGACUGGCUGUACGCUUUCAACCCACUGCUAGCAGGAACAAUAAGGUCAAAGCUGGCGAGGAGACGGUCCAGUCUGAUGAAGAACUGAACGAGUGUACACACGCACAGAGAUAGUGCUCAUUUCUCUUCGUCUACCUUUACAACGUACAAAGUGUGUUAACACUUCUAAAUCUUUGUGGUUCUUGACGGUUUUGCUUGUAUGUAGACCUGUGGCUCUCUUCUCCUCUCCAGCAAAUGAACUUUCAGUUCCUAAACACCCUCUCCCUCCCUCCCUCCCCUCUCUAUUGUGUUAUUGAUUGGAUUUAUUCUGUCUUCAGUUUUGUUCUUUGUCAUACCUGAACCUCCUUUAAGUAGCAUGUUGUAAUAGUCUGUUUGUGUGUGCACGAAUCUUCAGAGCGGGUUCUGCUUUAUUGAGUUACUCUCGUCUGGAAACAUCAUCGUUACAGUGUUGUCUGCCAGGAACAUCUUACCCUCAGGAGAAAGUUGGUUUACUAUAAAACCUCUAAGGCAUUCAGUAAAUGAAUAAAUAUAUUAAUAAUAAUAAAAAUACACACACACACACACACACACACACACACACACACACACACACACACAUAUAUAUAUAUAUAUAUAUAUAUAUAUAUAAUAAAAUAUUACACAAAAUCAACUUUCUCUAAAAGAAAAUAUAUAAAACAAAAACAAAUAGCUUGAAUAUGCUUAAUUUUCUAAACAAGACAGAAAUUGACUCUUAAACCGAAUGUUAUUGCAGUAUUGGCUUAGAGGAUUUGCUGAAUCAAAUCAAGCCAUGAUAGUGAAGGUGUUGAUCCUGUACAUACAGCCGUUAACUCGCCCAGCCUGUCGCAAUUAAUUCCACAUAUCAAGGACAUAAAACAUACCAUUAGCAAAGUACAGUAUGUAAUCAUAAGACAUAUAAUACCAGGGAAAGAAAAUGAUGGUGAUGAUCCCUCACAUAUCGCUCUUUCGGUAGCCUACAGGAGUAUUCUGCUCAGUUUAAACAAUUUCCUCCGUAGAUUAGGUAAAAAAAAAAAUGGUGCAAAAGAUUUACCUUAACACAGAACAACUGACCGAAUGAAUCCAUUUGUACAUAACGUUCAGGAUUACUGUGCUUAACGCUGCUCAUGACGAGACAUGAUGCAUUAUGGGUUUCUGUCCUUGUUACCGUAUUCCUGAAACAGCAUUUUCGGGGCUGUUUUAGCAAGAAAGAUCUGAUUGUGUUGCCUCUUCUGAAGACCAGACGGUUGAGUGAGAUACUGAUGCGAUUAGUUACCGUUACGAAAUGAAGGAUUGAAUUAUUGGUGUGGUUUAUUUUUGCUGUUUGGGGAAAGAUCUCAAGUCAGCAGGAUCAUUAAACCAGCCUUUAUUCCCCUUUAGAAUGAGCAGGAUCACUUUUUAAUAUUAUUGAACAUUUAUCAUGUAUCUCUACUGAUUAUCUUAACUUAUUUUUAUUAACAUGUUAUCAGUGUUUUACAUUAAUUGUACAACGGAAGGCAAGAAGGGCACUUUUCUCAUUUUUAUUCAGCUGUUCCUCACUUAUUUGAACAGACCAAGUUCGGCCACUAAAACAAUUUGAUCACUGUCAGUAGAAAUUGGGCCAUUUAUGCAGUUCACUGCAGUUGCAGUGAGGAAAAAGGGAUGGUAUAGUUCUGCUUUUUUAUGGUUUUGUUUUGAAAAUCUUUGCUCUGUGCAUUUGAAGACAUGCAGUCUAGACACAAGUGCUGAAGUUACCAGUGAUUCAGUGUGAUGGUGAAGUUCCAGCCAUUUGGUUGAGCAUUUAACAGUCCUCUGGCCAGACAACCAGCAGGAAUUAUUGUCACACUGUCAAUCCUAAUGAAGUCAAUACUCUUGCUGCUCAUCAUAGACUGCAUUUUCUCUUAUCAAAGAGCUUUAGUGCAUUUACACAACAAACACAUGAAAAUGGCUCGGAAAGUCAAGUCCUUUGGUCUACCAGCCUUUAGGCUUCAUCUGAGCCGUUUGAUUGUUAUGGCAUCUGUAAAAAAAUGUUCAAAUUGAAUAUUCAGAUCCGGCACACAGAGUGUGUAAUGAGCACUGAAGCUUAGUGAAGGUUUAAGUGUGAGUUAAUGUUACAAAUUUUUGCCAGAGCAAAGGUUUUUGCCCUUUUUUUUACCAUCUUUGUUGAGUGGCUUGGUUGACUGUGAUAUUCAUAAUGAUUUCAUUAACUGUAUUUAUUGUUUUGCAAUGUAUAUAUUAGUUUGCAGCUCUUUGCACAUGUGUUUAUACAACUAACCACAGAACAAAUAAAGCUUGAACAAUGUUUUUGUUGUUUUGUUUCUCAAAUGGUUUUAGGUUGUGGUGUUUUUCUCAUUGAAGUGGACUUUGAAUGUACCUUGCGUUUCACUAAAAAUGCAUGAAUUAUCUGAUGAUAGAAGAAGAAUAUCUUAAUAACAAUGAGCACUUUUUCACAUUUAGUCUAUGGAGGGCAGAGUUAUGAUGAGGCUUGUUCAUUUUUAUUUCUAACAUCAGGGAAUACAUUUUCUAGAAAUAUAACAUGUUUUGCUUUUCCUGACACAGUUACCUCUUUGUUUUUUGUGCUCACUCAUGCAUUUUUUCCCACGCUGCCUUUGAAGCAACCCUGGCAUUACUGUAUCACCCCAUCAGAUGAACAUCAUUCCCUCUCAUUGUGAUGAAACAACAGAAAACGGUUCAGCCAUGGCAUUAACACUGUACAUUUUUUUGUCAGAUCGGCUUCAUUUUCAUACUUUUGUAAAUAUUUCAUGUUGUAUGGAACUUGGAUUAAAAUGUAAAUAUGUCUCCUGUAUUUGUAAUAAUUAUAAUCCAUUCGCUGUAUAGCCUAGAUGUGUAAUGCAUAUAUCUUAAUUCUGUGUAUGGUAAUCUUGCACCAUUGACCUGUUUAGUGAAUGAGGUAAAAAUAAAAUUACAGCCAGUGCAUUAGACGAAGAACAGA